CUAGACAUCACGUGGUGCCAUUGCUCUCUCCUUUCUCAGCCAGCGACCUCGCAUGAUCUCCUCGAGCCGCCAGGUCCACGGGGAGCACUGGAUGAGCUGCUUAAGGUGCGUCCGCUUGGCACCAUCCUCCCAGUCAGCGAUGAGGCUCUCAGGGUCGUGGUAGGCCUGGCCCACCCACACAGAAGAGACAGAAUCAUUGCUGCAGGGGAAAGCUGGGUUUGUCUGUCGACGUUCCUACCCCCUUGCUGCGAUAUGCAUCUCUGAUCUCGUCCAGCUGCGGCAGCACCCUGAGAGAGAGGAGGAUCAACAGCAACACAUGACAUGAGGUGAGCGCCUGGUGCGUCUGUCUGGUGUGCGCCUACUCGUCCAGCCUGUCGCCAUUGGUGUUGGUGCAGAUCUUGGAAAGCUUCUCGUGAAGCCCGCGAAGCUUUCUGGUCCCCGACAUUGUUUACGUACAAGCAAG